AUGCCGCCUAAACCAAAGAGACUUCAGUUAGAAGAGGAUGACUGUGAUGGUCGUUUUCACUGCCCAGUGCAAAUUUCUAAGCACGAUGGAUUCACUACACAAAGAGGCUGUAGAAAACACGUAAAGAACAAACACAGUUGGUACUAUUACUUCGACGAGAAGCCAGACAGUGCUCAAAUCGAUUCGCUUCAUGUCGAUCAAAACAACAACUACGAAGCCAAUGAUCAGAAGAUUACACCGCGUAAAAGCAGGGCAAUUGCCUCUUUUGAUCCUACAAACAAAAUUGCCAAGACCUUUUUUUCAUGGCUAACUGGCAGUGGUAGGGGCUGUAAAAGUGAUCGACAAGCACAACAGAUCGUGAGCAAGUGCUUAAAGUUUCUCAAAUCUUGUUGUGAAGACGAAGAGGAGCGCACAUUUGACAUUGUGGACUUUAGUUUGUGUUCACCGAAUCUCCUUUUCAAGUUUGUUGAUACCAUGCAGGAUGAUUGGAAUCUGGGACACGCGGGACGAGGCAUCGGAAUCAGUGUUGAGAGGACUGGGUUCAACAGAAAUUUACUUGAAAAAGGUGCGCAAAACUGUUUCCAAAAUGAUGCGCUUGCAGUGGACCAGCGAGCUGGACAUCGAUGCCUUAGAAGCCAAGGGGAACUGGGCCACACUGGAAGAACUGUUGGAAGUGGUGGGGCGCUACUUUCCACACUAGCGUGCUGA